AUGAAGCACUCUCUUGUCGCCUCGACCGACCGUAACGGAAAUUCCGUCGUAGGAUCGAGCCCCGAGGCGCUGCGCGCCGAGCUCGCGGGAUGGCUGCAGGAUCGGAUCGUGCAGGCGGAGUCGCAAUUCCGCAGCGGGCUGUCCGUCGCGCCAUGGCAUUCGCAUGACAAGACGGGGAGCGCCACGGCGCGGGGGACAAACAGGGUUACCGGCGCUACCAACGCUACUAGCAGCGUUACUGCUGGCAGCGGCGGCGGUAGCAGGAGGAAGGUGGAGGGUUGGCGGGAGCAGCAGCAGGCGCUGCACCGCAUUGUCGAUUUUUGGAGACGAGCCGUGCAUCUGUACGGCAGCUACAAGCUGUGCCAGCUGCGCGUGCGCGUAAGCAGGCUGAGUGAGGAGCAGCGGCGGGCGGCGUGGGAGGAGCAGCACGAGCGGGGUGCGGAGAUACUUCACUCGCUCUGCACCGAAAUGCAGGGCUUCUUCCUCAAGGCAGGGCAGUUCCUAGCCAAGCCAGACAUGUCCCCCCCAGCCUGGGUGCGUCGUCUCGCCCCUCUCCACGACAGUGCGCCCGCAGACCCCUUCCCUCUCGUCCGACGCACCGUCGAGGCUGAGCUGGCACGUGCUGACGUGGCAGGGAGUGACGUGGCAAGCGCUGCUGACGUGGCACGGGUGCGGCUGGAAGACGUGUUUGCGGAGUUUGAGGAAGAGCCCGUUGGGUCUGCGUCCAUUGCCCAGGUGCACAGGGGCAGGUUGAAGGAUGGGCGCCGUGUUGCGAUCAAGGUGCAGCGCGCGGGAGCAGAGCGGUUGAUGCUGAUGGAUCUGGCAAAUCUGCGUCUCUUUGGCGCCUUCCUGCAGCGCGCCGAGCUCAAAGUGGACCUGCUGGGUCCCAUUUCUGAGCUGGAGCAGCAGAUCCGGUACGAGUUUGACUUCGAGCACGAGGCAGCAGCCAUGGAGCGCAUCAGACACGCCCUGGCACAGCGGGACGGGGGCGAGACGGCAGGGGGUAGGUGGGAGAGGCAUGGGGGGAUGCGGAGCAGCAGGCGCACAGGCAGACAUGGUGUGGGUCGUGGAGGGAUUAGCAGGGCGAAUAGGGUGGAGAGGGUGGAGAGGGUGGAGACGUUGGGGAGGGUGGAGCAUGCGGGGAAGAAGGCAAGGCCUGAGGAUCGACAAGGGGCACAUGUCAUUGUGCAAGGCGGGGCUGAAGGUGGUGGGCGGAGUGCGGAGAUGGACACACGGGCGUCACCUGUCAUUGUGCCAGCAGCCAUACCAGGCCUUGUCACCAGGGGCCUAUUGGUGAUGGACUUCAUAGACGGCACGCCCAUCCUGAGACUGCCUGAGGAGAUGCGCAAGCGAGGCAUCAGCCCCAGUGGCGCACUGGCAAGGCAGACCAAGAGUCGCAUAUUCUCAGCGCUAUCCACGGCGUAUGGCCGCAUGCUGCUGCAGCACGGCCACUUUCACGCAGACCCCCAUCCAGGAAAUAUCCUCGUGUGCGCGGGCGGCAGGGUGGCUCUGUUAGAUUAUGGGCAGACCAAGCAGCUUCCCGAAGCGUUGAGGCUCAAUCUGGCUCGCUUGGUGGUGGCAAUAGCCGAUGAGGACAUGCUGGCUGUGGGUUCGUGCUUCACGGCCAUGGGGAUAGAGACGGCCAAGACAGCCGGGGAGCACCCCAACAGCUUCCGCCGCAUGGCCAUGAUCAUGUUUGAUACCGGCUCUGGUAACGGAGUUACCAGUGCCAACCCGUUCGGGGCGGAGAGCUCACUCAAGAGCAAUGCCAUGAAGGCUUUCCCAGCAGACAUCUUCUUUAUAGUGCGCACCAUGAUGCUGCUCAAGGGCCUGGCAACUGGCAUGGGUCUGUCAUUCCCUUCCAUGACCGCUUUCCUUCCCAUCCCUCGUCAUUCCGCCCACCCCCACCAGAUCCUGAUGGUCGAUUUCGACUUCUUUGACGCCCAGCCGUCGGAUUACCACGGCGUGAAGGCGCUUCUGCGAACCUUCCUGGACGGCAAGCGGUGGGACCUGCCGGCCUUUGUGGACGCGGUCACCUCGGGAACUCCGGGAGGAGGCGCAGCCGGGGAAGGGGACGCUGCUGGCAGUGGUGGGGGUGGGGGUGGGAGUGGGAGUGGGAGUGGGAGUGUGGCAACGGUGGUGAAAGCAGGGGAUGAGGGGAGCAUUCUGGGGCUCUCUGCUUGCCUGCCGUUGAUCUGCAAGUCCAAGGGGUGGACGGCGGAUUUUGUCCGGUUCCUGCAUGAGGGGUGUGACAACAGGGCACAGUGGGACGAGCUGUGGAAGGUGAUGCAGAGGGGGCGUGUGGGUGUGGUGGUGUGCGAGCGUGUGGCCAACCUGCCCUUCCAACUCGUGCCGCACCUCUUCAGAAGCACACUGCAGCCCAUGCUGGAGAAGGGAGCACCGGUGGAGAAGUUCCUGAUUCUCACGCGCAUGUACCGCCAGACAGGCGGCAAGGCGGCAAGGAAGCAGGCCAAGGGAGCGGGGAGCAGCGCCUCAGAGCUGUUCUUUCCCAAGCCAGAGGACGAGCUGCUCAAGAAGGCACCUCAAAAGUCCACCAUGUGUCUCAUGUGCUCUGCUUGCUUCUUCGCACCAUUUCCCACCCAUCUGUUGCCAUGCAGCUCGCCACAUCAUCAUAUUCCUUCCCAGUCCAUGCUGACGUCAUGGCCUCCAGACAGCCGUUGCUUCCACCAUCUCCCGCCGUCCAUCGGCGAUCUGCCCGCGCUGGAGCACCUCGAGAUCAACGCGUUCGACCUCUUGAUGCUUCCCGAAACCCUAGGCCGCGUGGGAACCCUCCGAGUGCUCAAACUGGAAUCGGAGCGCCUCACAUGCCUCCCGGAUUCCCUAGGCGGGUUAUCCAAUCUCGAGGAACUCCAUCUGUCGCAGUGCGCUACGCUGACCGCCCUCCCGGAUUCGCUCGCCGAGCUUUCCCGCCUCUCCCGCCUCCGCCUGAGCGACUGUAGCGCGCUACAGCUUCUUCCGGCCGGCACAGCGCAGCUGACAGCCCUAGUAACCCUAGAAGUUGUCCGAUGCGAGAGGCUAGCGAGUCUGCCCGAAGACAUAGGGUGUCUGGUGAGGCUUGAGAGUAUGGAGUUAAAGCAGCUGCCGAGUCUGGUAGGGUUACCAGAGUCGAUAGGGCACCUGAGGGGUCUGCGAGUGUUGGAGGCGGAGGGGUGCGAUGCGUUGCGGGAGGUGCCUGAGUCCUGGGCGCAUCUGUCGGGGCUGGAGCGGCUGUGCGUGAAUGGCGCCCGGCAUUUGACCACCCUGCCGCCCUUCCGCGUUGCGUCCUCUGCGUUGGGUCUUGGUGGCGGGAACGCUGGCGGGUUGAGGGCGGGAGGUUCGGGUGGAUUCGGUUGGUUGGAGCGGCGUGAGCGGCAUAGGUCACUGGAUGAGCUGUCUCUUGAAGAUGCUUCGACUUCUGCAGGUGCUGCUGCUGAUGCUCAUGCUGAUGCUGCUCAUGCAUCAGCUGUCAGCACGCUGUUUGGCCUUACUGCGCCCGCAGCCCCCAACACCAUUACACCCAGCAACACAACCAGGUCACCUUCUUAUGCUGCUUCUGCUGCUGCUGCCGCCGCUGCUGCUGCUGCUGCUCCAGGGCCGUACUCUUUCCACGACCCACCCCUCCCUCUCACCAACCCUCCACACCUCUCCGCCACCCUUUCCUCUCUCCGUUUCCUGGAAAUUUCCGACUGUGCUUCGCUCAUUUCCCUGCCCGAAGACCUCGGGCAGCUUCCUGCCCUUGACACGCUGCUCCUGCUCAAGCUCCCGUCCCUCGAACGCCUGCCCGACUCUCUCGGGCAGCUGCCCGCGCUGAAAGUUUUUGGCCUAUCGCUCUGCCCGCGCCUGGAAGAGCUGCCCGUUUCCAUGGCGAACCUGCCCGUGCUACAGUGCCUGGUGAUACACGACUGCUGGCGAUUGGCUUCCCUCCCCCCCAACGCCCUGAAGCAGUGGGAAACCCUAACGGAGCUGAUUGUAGCGGAUUGCCCUGCUCUAGACGACCUUGGGUUUGGGCUGGAGGGAGCAGAGGGGGAGAGGGAGGGGGGGAGGAAGAGGCGGAGGUGGGCUGGUGCGGGAUGGAGGAGAGUGAGAGGGGGAGGGAUGGAGGGAGCGGGGCGAGGGGAGGGGAGUGGGAUGGGGAGGAGGAGGGUGGGGAAAGCAGGGGUAGAUGAUGAUGACGAUGAAUUUGAGGGAGAUUCUUCAGACGAGGAGGAUGACGAGAGUUACGUGAGUGACGAGGAGGAAGAGGAGGAGAGUGAGACUGAUGAUGGGGAUGAGGACGAGGGCAAUAGAUCAGAGGACGAAGAGGAGACGUGGGACGAUGACUCUCCCGUGCACUUCCCCUUCCCUACCACCACAUCCACAUCCACAUCCACAGCCACCGCAUCGUCCUUGCGACCCCCACACAUCGCAUCAUCUUCCGCAUCACCAUCAGCAGCAGCAUCGUUCAGGCCGGCACGCCAUCUGCACCACUACGAGAGGGUGCUCUCGCGCCUCUCCCACCUGCAUUACCUCGAGGGAUGGCUGUCCGGCAGCCCGCCUCUGCUCGCCUACUUUGAAAACUCCUUCCCCCACGGCCUCUACUCCUCCCUGCGCCUCUCUGCCGCUCCUGGGCCGUCCCCUGCGUCCUUCAAUCUUCCUCCUCCGUCGUCCAGCCCGUCAGCUGCUUGCAACCCUCUGCUGUCUGGCAUCCCCCCACCUCCGCCUGCCUCUGCUUCGCUUGGUGCUGGGAAUUUCGUGCCUGCAUUUGUCUCGCCAGCAGUCACUCCUCUAGCAGCCACGUCAGCAGCAGCCACAUCGGCAGCAGCAGCACCUACCACUGCACCGCCACCACCGCCACCACCACCGCCGCCACCACCACCACCAGCAGCAAGGGCUCUUGUUGCAGCAUCCACUAGCAGCGCUACCCCCAUCAGCAGUUUCUUUUCGUUCAGUGCGGCCUUUGGCCUGGGUGGAAGCAGGUUCGGCACAGAUGGUGCAGCUAGCACAGCAGCAGGUGGCAGCGGCGCUGCAGCAGGUGGAGGAGGAGCAAAGGAUCAAGGCAGAAGCAGUGCUCUCAGCAGCACUCCCAGUAGCAGCAGUGCGUUCGGCAGUGCUCCCAGCAGCUGCGCUCCCAGCAGCAAUGCUCCGGCUGAAUCAAACCCGAAUCCCUUCACAGAAACCAGACCUGCCACCACCACAGCUACCACCACCACUGCUGUGAAUUCUAGCAUCCCCGUUCCGUCUCUCACCACCACAGCUACCACCACCACUACUGCUACUGCCACUGCGAUUGCCACCCCCACCGCGACAACCACAGCCACCACCACCGCCACUACUGCCGCUGGGGCAGCUACUAGAACCACCAACCGAGUCUUGGGCGGCGCACUCCCCCGUCUGCACAUUCUCGUGGUGGACGGCUGCGGUUUGGACUAUCUGCCGCCCGGUCUGCUGCAGCUGCCCGAGGUGAAGGCAAUUGGAUUCUGCGGGCGGCACGGCGUGGGGUUUAGGGACAAGCAGGCGCCAGGGAGGGAGGGGUUUUCCCAUCACGCGUAUACAUCUGAAGCUUACCGUGCCGCUCACCUCCUAAUUUACAGCACCGCAAACCCCUUCAGAGCAGCCGCUGAUUGGUCCGCACUUGAUGGUAGCUCAUCCCAGGCCUGCUCUAUCGGCGCCUAUAAACGAAGUCCUGAUCUGUUCCGCGGAAUAAAGGAGAGUCCUGACCUGUUCCGUGGAAUAAAGGUGGCGAGGCUGCUGGUAGCAGCGCCCUUCCUGCUGGCGUUCCUACUCGCCUCGCUCACCUCCCCGGUGCUCAUACCCGUCUUCCUCCUAGCCGCUGUGGCCGUGCUCUUUGCCUCCCUGCUCGCCUCCUGGGUGCGGUCCAGGGAUGAUGGAGGGAACACCCUCAGACAGGUGACAGCAGCGGUCCAAAGGGGAGCGUCCACACUGCGAGCAGCCGUAACAGCGGCAGCAGCCAAGGCGGUGCUAGUGGCCACCAUGCUGGUGGCACUCAUCCACCUCUCCCACCAGCUCUCGCCUCAGCAGGAGGCCACCGGGGUGCACCGCUCCCUGCUCGCCUUUGUCUCGCUGCUCUCCUUCCUCCUGGGAGGCUCCUGCAUGGCUCUUGCAGCGCACGCUGCUGUGUGGGUGUCCGUGCCUGCUGCUGCCAGGAUUGCUGCUGCUGCCAGGCGAUCCCCCCAAGAGGCCCUUCAGGUUGCAAUCCGAGCAGCGGGAGCAGCAGCGCUGGUGGUGGCAGCAGUGCCGGUGGUGGGGCUGGGCAUCAACUACAGCGCCCUGCUCGCCUUCUUCCACAUGCACCUCGCCCCGCUCCCCGCCUCCCUCACUGCACAAAAACGAAGAGGCGUCUCCGCCACUGCUGCCUCGGCCGCUACUGCGGGUUCAGCUAUGGCUUCAGCAGGCCUUAAGCCCACUGAUUGUAAGCAAGCAGUGAAAAGCCGAAAAUAUAACGCAACUUCACUCUCUUGCCUCAUCUUGAUUCUGCCUUUUAUCCUCUCCUCCGUACCUCACCUUCCCUCCAUCCUCCCCCUACUCACCCCUCCCACCGCAGUGCCGGCAUUGCUUGUCUGCUUCUGUUUCGGGGCGGCAGUGGUGUCUCUCUUCUACCACCUCCCGCCGUCCAUCUUCUCCCGCUCCCUGGCUCUGGGCCACAAGCUUAUAUCGAGGAUGGACAGAAGCGCAUCUGAGGCGGCAGGAGGGGGCGCCAAUGUUGUUGCUGUUGCUGACAUGGUGGGGGUGGGCACGGCGAGGGGGGCAGCGAGGGCGUGUGAGGCGUUCUGCCUGGCUGCAGCGGAGGCAGUGGCAUCGAUGGUGCUGGGGGCGCAUGUGGCACAGCACUGCGCCAUCGACAACCCAACAGGGUUCAUUCUUCUGCCCCUCGUGGUGCUCUCUCUCGACCUCCUCACAUCAGCCGCAGCCAUACUCUCCGUCUCUGCUGCUGCUGGCUCCUCCCGCCUCCCUCACUCUCUCCCCGUCGACUCCUCUUCCUCUUACUCCUCCUCCUCCUCCCCCUUCUCCUCGCACUCGCCGCUCUUCCGCUCCUCUCCCCGCUCGCCCAUGGUGCGGGGAUCAGUGCUGCCCACAGCAGCAGAGGAGGUGGUGGGGUGUGUAUUCAACGGAUACGCGCUCUCGCUUGUGCUCGCUGUCUCAUCAUUCGCCCUGGCGACCAGGUGGUUGCUAUUCACGGAGCAGGCCCCUCUAGCCUGGCUGCACUUCUUCUUCUGCGCCCUCCUCGGAAUGCUCUCCUCCAUCCUCCUCCUCCUCUCCUCCUCCCUCCUCUCCGCCCCGCACCUCCCCCCCGUCCGCUCCCUCGCAAUCGCCUCCUCCUCCGGCCACGCAUCCAACAUCUCCUCCGGCCUCGCCCUCGGGAUUGCCGCCGCCGCGCCGCCAGCUGUCAUCGUGGGAUUGGCCGUGGCGGCGGCGGUGUGGCUGGGGCGGAAUUCGGGGCUGGUGGAUGGGAAGGGGGAGCCUGCAGGGGGGCUGCUGGGCCUGGCUGUGGCGGUGAUGGGGAUGCUCAGCAGCGGGUGCUUCUCCCUCACCACGGAUCUGUUUCAGCUGGCUGUUUCGCAUGCCGGCCUGCUUUGUAAAAUGAUGGCACAGCACCAGAAGCAGCAGCAGCAGGGGCAGAUGCAGCAGAUGCAGGAGUUCAGUCUCGGCCCGGCAGCACAUGAUGUGAUGCAGGACGCACAUGGCAUGGCAGCACACAGCAUGGCAUCACAUGGCAUGGACGCACAUGGCAUGGCAUCACAUGGCAUGGACGCACAUGGCAUGGCAGCUCACAGCAUGCCAUCACAUGGCAUGGACGCAUAUGGCAUGGGCAUGCAAGACGGAGGCGGCAUGUCUUCAGACCAUAUGGCAGCAGCAGGAGGAUCACCGCAUCUGUUGCAACAACAAGUAUCCUCAGACGCAGCUGCAGCAACGGGAGGGGUAGGUGGAGGGGUAGCGACAGGAGAGAUGGCAGCAGGAGGGUUUGCAGCAGCAGGCAGCACAGGGGACUCCUCAUCCUCGUUACAGUCGUCUUCGUUACAAUCCUCCGCGCUUCCUCCCCACGCUCCCUCAUCUUCAGCAUCAGCAUCCCCAGCAGCGGCGGCCGCGGCAGCAGCGGCAGCGGCUGUGGUACGGACGCCAGUCAGUCCCUUGGAGGCAGCAGCAUCAGCUGUGGCGUCGGCUACUCGGGGCAUGGGGUGUGGUGCCUCCUCGCUCUGCUCUCUGCUGCUUGUGCACGCCUUUGUGGCCCUUGUCUCCUCUUACUCCAGCACAGCACUGCACAAUAUUGACCUGCUGCGGCCAGAGCUGCUAGUGGCGUGCAUGGUGGGGGCGGCAGUGGUGGUGGGAGGCGUGGCGAUGGCAGGUUCUGGGGUGACGCGGUGCACGGCCAUUGUUGUGCGAGAGGGACGCAGACACCUGCACCACCGAGCCGAGGAGAAGCAGGCAUACCCGAGGGCGCCCAUGGUACUGGAUGACCCAUCUCGCUUCGUGGCUGCAGUGGCGGCUGUGAGCCUCAGGGAGCUGCUGCUGCCAGGCCUGCUCGCUGUCGCUGCUCCAAUCGCCAUGGGCAUCAUAGUGCGGUCAGUAGGCAAAGCCACCCUCCAGCCUCUCUUGGGAGCACGGGCGGUGGCGGCGCUGCUUCUAGUCGCGGUGCUGGUGACGCUGCUCCUGGCAGCGCUCUUCAACGGGGCUGGCAGUGCGUGGAGGGGCGCCAGGGAUGUGGUGGAAGCAGGGCACUUGGGAGGGCCGGGGAGUGAAGCACACAAAGCCACCAUCACUGGCGACACGGUUGGUGGUACUCUGCGGGAGACACUAGCACCCACACUUCACAUCCUGCUCAACCUGCUUGCUACAGCUGCUCUAGCGGCUGCUCCCCUGUUCUUUGAACACUAA